GUUUGAAUAGACAUAAACGACAAAUCGAUGAUAAGACACCGAUAGUAUCAGAAAUCAGUUAUAAUUUGUUGACCGAAACCAAAACAGACAACAUAUCAGUGAAUAAUAGUGAGACAACAAACAUGUCAUUGAAUAUCACAACAACAACAUCACUACAUAAGUUAUCAUCAGUUAUGGCUAACAUAACUAUUACCACUGAUGGUCAUAAUAUACGAACUGAAAAUGUAUGGGUUGUUGUCUUAUCGGCCCUUUCUAUAGCAACACUGUUUUUGUUGGCAUUCUUCUGGAUUUUGUGUAUAUUUUGUAAAAUAAGGAAAACUACGACAACUGUUACUGAUUCCACAUAUGAUUCUUUACCACCAAAUGGUUUGUCACCGAAACAAAAGGAAAAGAGUGGCAAAACACAGAAAAAUCAAAAGUCGAUAUUAACUGUUAAAAAAUCAAAGAUAACUUCACCAAAAAAAUUAAAUAUUUAG